AAACAAGAAGCAGGCAAAGAGCUUGCUUGCGUACGAGACCGUCUGUCCUGCAUCCCUGCUCACCAUCCUAGCCUAGCCAUGGCGUCCCUCCUGCUCACCAUCCUUGGCUUCCUCCUCACGCCGCUGUCGGCAACGGCAACGGUGAUCUGCAGCAACGGCGGCAAUUACACGGCCAACAGCGCCUAUCAGUCCAACCUCGCCGUCCUCGCCGCCACCCUCCCCAUAAACGCCUCCACCCUCAACCAGACACGCAUCUACUUCUACGCUACCGCCACCGCCGGCGGAGCCCCUGACGUGGUGUACGCGCUCGCGCUCUGCCGCGGCGACAUGGUGAACGCCACCGCGUGCCGAGACUGCGUCGCGGCCUCGUUCCAAGACGCUCAGCAGAGGUGCCCCUACGACCGGGGCGCGACCGUCUAUAUGGACGAUGACGCUGAGCAUGAGUGCCAUCUCAGCUACUCCAGCGACAACCUGCUCAGCCCAGCCAACAUCACCGAGAACGGUACGCUCUUUCAGGAAUGGAACCAGCAGAUCAUCCCCGGCGACGCCGCCAUCGUCGCCGCUGGCGUCCGUGACCUCCUGAAUGGGACGGCCCUUGAUGCGGCCAUCAGGCCGAUGCAUUUCGCCACUGCGUUCAUGGACUCCAUUAGCACAAGCGGCGCCACCACGACGCUCUACUCGCUGGCGCAGUGCACGCCGGACCUGUUCAGCGACAACUGCCAGGCGUGUCUCCAGCGGCUUGUCGGCAUGGUCAACGCCACCAUGUCCGUGCGCCUGGGAGGACGGAUCGUCGUGCUGCGCUGCAACAUCAGGUUCGAGGCAAAUUUGUUCUACAAAGGCCAACCAAUGCGGCGGAUCACUCCAUCAUCCAUCGCUCCGGUCCCUGCUCCAGCAGACAAGAAUCAUGGAACCAAACCCUGGGUAGUUGCCAUAUCUGUAGUUGCUCCUGUAGUACUAGUGGCUUUCUGCUUCAUCGUUUACUGUCAUCGGCUCAGAAGAAGAGGCAGAAAAGGUAAAGGGGGAUUACGACGCAAGCGAGGAGGAGAUGAACUAUGGGAAAUUGAAACAGAGCUCUCUGAGUUUUCUGUUUUCGACUUCCAACAGAUAUUGCAGGCUACAAACAACUUUUCCGAAGAAAACAAACUUGGAGAAGGUGGAUUUGGCCCUGUAUAUAAGGGCUACUUUCCCGAGGGAAUGGAGAAAGCAGUCAAGAGACUAGCUUCGCAAUCAGGACAAGGUUUCACAGAAUUCAAAAACGAAGUUGAGCUCAUAGCCAAACUUCAACACAGGAAUUUGGUUAGGCUCUUGGGGUGUUGCUCUCAGGGGGAGGAGAAAAUACUGGUCUAUGAGUACUUGCCAAACAAAAGCUUGGACCUCUUCAUCUUCGGUGAAGAUGGAAAAUCUUUAAUGGAUUGGAAUAGACGUCUCACAAUAGUUGAAGGAAUAGCCGAAGGACUUCUUUACCUACAUAAGCACUCACGGUUGCGUGUCAUACAUCGAGAUCUUAAACCGAGCAACAUUCUCUUGGACAACGAAAUGAAUCCUAAAAUUUCAGAUUUUGGACUAGCCAAAAUAUUCAGCCCAAACAACACAGAAGGAGACACUACAAGGGUGGUCGGUACAUAUGGCUACAUGGCUCCCGAGUAUUCUUCCCUGGGCAUCUUCUCCAUCAAGUCGGACGUGUUCAGCUUCGGCGUUUUGGUUCUCGAGAUCCUCAGCGGGCAAAGGAAUUCUGGUAGUCGUCGGUAUGGAGAUUUUAUCAAUCUCACUGGAUAUGCUUGGCAGUUGUGGGACGAGGGUAGAUGGUUCGAAGUCGUUGAAGAAUCAUUGCUCCCCACGUGUCAGUCGGAAGAAAUAGUGAGGUGCAUUAACAUUGCACUGCUGUGUGUACAAGAGAAAGCAGCCAAUCGACCGACCAUGUUGGAUGUUAUUGCAAUGCUAAGCAACAAGGAUAUGAUCCUGGGUGAGCCUAAGCAUCCAGCGUAUUUUAAUUUAAGGGUAGGCAAUGAAGAGGCGUCGUCCACUAGUACUCAAUGGUGCAGUGUCAAUGAUGUGACCAUAUCUGUCAUAACUCCAAGAUAGUUUCAGGUGUUACUGUACAUAGGAGUACAUCAAUGGUGCAGUGUCAAUGAUGUUGUGCGUAAUUCGUAAUUGUUGUAUAGUGCAUAAUUCUGAGUUUCAUAAGUAAUGCAUAAGUUUUGCUAUAGAUGUAUUUUCUACUUUGGCAAGUGGACAUCUUGUGGUAUACGAGACGUGGGUGUAAAUACACAUAUAGGAUGUAUUUUUCAUUAUUUUUUGAUAAAUUUUACACCACACUCAAAAGCUGUACCAUGGAGUUCCUGGGCUA